AUGCCUGGCGGCGUACCCUGCCAACUAUGGCCUAUGUCUAGGCGACAGCCUAUCACUCACCAUUGCCUGUCGCAAUCAGUACGCAAUGCCUCCAACAACAAGUGGACAACUCCACAUCACAAGCCGCAGCCGGUCCAAUUACUCCGCUUUGCUCUAACAGAGAACACACGGAAGAGCCCAAAUAAUGAAUCAGGGUUGUCUCUACAUUUCAAAGAACUUUUUUCUGAAAAUUGGCCUUUGAAUGCUUCCCCUCCGCCGCCUUUGUGGAGCCUUCAGCAGAACGUUACCCGAGCUUAUAAGGGAAUUCCUAAACCAAAAGCGGAGGAUCUCGGAAAUCUACGUCAUUAUAUUAUGAAGAAUGUAAAUGGACGAGAAGAAGGUGAAUAUUUGCAAGCGAAUCGCUGCCGCAACUUAGCAAAAGCGUUGGAACUUUGUCAGAGGCAUCAUACGUAUCAGCAGAUUCUGUCUACAAUUAACGGACUGAUUGCGAGGCUCUUGAAGCAGAAUGUGCCCCUAUCUAGGCAUUUGUUUGUGCUGGGGAUGUACUAUAGCUCCAUGGCCUUCUCGGAGACAGCUCUCUCGCGUCAUUUGCAAGGAUAUAUCUCUGUCAGCCGCGACCUGUUGGAUUUGGAGUCAAGUAUUUCUCUUGUGAAUAACCUAUUAUUCUCACUUCAGUCUCUCGAAUCCGGACUAUUACCCCUUGAUACGAGAUUGAUGUGCAACCUAAUUACCGGUGAAGGCGCCUCCGAAGAACAACCGUCAAAGAGUUUACACAGCAUAUUAUAUUGGGCCAACCCUGACAACGCAGUGAGCCACAUUGGGCUGUACUUAACGUUGUUAGCAACACUCCGGAGUGAUGAAUUACUGCAGCAAUUAUGGAAUAAAACGUUAGAGAAGCUGUCACAAAAUUCACCAGCUCAUGACCUUGAAUCCGUUUAUUCUUGUGUUGUGGCGCUUGUAAAUGUUGGAGACAGCUCAAAGGCUCUAGCCUAUCUACUUCAGUUAUCAAAUCGCCUUGGACGAGUCCUACCGGGCAUUUCGAAAUUUGAGGGUCUUAACACUCUCCUUGAAGACCAGAGCAUUGGCGAACAGCUGCCGCUGCUUGCCGGACAGGAAGAGUGGUUAAACAUAGUUGAUGUUCAACUUGAACGUAUAGAGGGAAGGCUUGGGAUUUGCUGGCAACCUAAGAAGUCGCUUCAUAGUGACAUUUCUGACUCAGAUUGCAUUGUUACGGAAAACCCGCUUUUCGAUAUUAAUGGCGAAAGCACUGGUUAUGAUAGUAGCGACCGUCUAGUUGCAGAAAUUAAGGCCCUUGGGGGAUCGAAAUCUGCAGGGGAUCUAGGAAAGAUCGCCGAUCUAUUGGACGACCAGGAAGGAUGCCUGGUGCCUAUUGUCCCACCUUCUACUAAGAAAACCUCACUCGAAUUUUCCUGGUAUCCUAAGCGAUGUGCAAUUAAAUUUUCGAACACCUCCGCACUACAGACUGAUGUUUCUAAGACUUGUCCUGAUUUGGGAUUAUUUCGAGCUAGACUCGGACGUAGUAAAAUCAGUCCAGCAACUCAAUACCCCCUCCGCGCGAUACAGCUGGGUUACUUACUCAUGCGAGACCAGUCAUUCAAAGGAAAGCCAUAUGGAUGGGAAGAAACAGACUAUAUUGUUGCUUGGGACCGGGAUGCUGGUCAAUUUAUCCUUGUUUAUGCUGGAAAAGGGCAUGACCAAGCUUUCCCUAGUACAGGCUUCCAUGACACGGACACUAAUCCUCUAUUCGAUCGCAAGUCGCUGGCGAGGUUAGUGCCUCUGGAGGCUUUGAGAAAGCCGAACGAUCGUAAGUCUUGGCUGGAAGUUAAUUCCUCAAUGUGUUAUCUUGAAACAGAUCCAGGCUUGGAUUUGGUGGAUUGA